CAUCCAUCACUUGCUUCCCACAAAGCACAUAAAAGCGAUAUAUUCAGAGUCACCUUUCACCAUCAAGAGCAGCAGCUCAUAAAAAUGUCUCACUGCCACGACGAGCACGUCGGCCACGGUGGUCACGACCAUGACCAUGAGCACGACCACUCAGACGACAUCACUCCCGCCGUGCAGCACUCUCUGUACAGCCAGAUCAACUUUGACCACAUUGUGACGCUCAACGAGGCGCAGCGGGACGUCGGGCAGGCUGUCGUCAAGAAGACGUGGCAGGAGAGGCUCAGCGUGGAACCUGAGCUGGCGAGCGAUGUGGAUGAGCAGCUCCUCAUGACGGUGCCAUUCACUUCUCAGAUCAAGCUUCACUCCAUCCUCAUCCGCACUUCCCCCUCUGCCUCAGCCCCCAAGACCCUACACCUCUUCAUCAACCGCGACGACAUCGACUUUGCCGCCGCCGAAGAGCUCGACCCCGUGCAGACCCUCGAGCUCUCCCAGACGGGCGAACUCCAGGAAGUCCCCGUUCGCCGGGCGCUGUUCGGCAAGGUCCAGCGUCUGGUGCUCUUCUUCCCCGACAACUUUGGCGACGGAGACGAGGACGUCACGAGGGUCUCGUACAUUGGGUUCAAGGGCGAGUGGACGCAGCUUGGACGGGCGCCGGCUAAUAUUAUUUAUGAGGCCGCGGCGCAGCCUGGGGAUCACAAGAUCAAAGGGACGACUAUGCCUCCCCGUCUACCGAUCCGACUCGCCCUCCCCCGGCCCUGCGCCGCGGCGGCAACCCGCCCCCUCCUCCUCCCCCUCACGGCGACCCGCGGCGUCAAGAACGGAUGGUCGACGGCUCCCCCUCGCAACAAGCACAAGCGCUUCAACCAGCCCUCGUCCGGUCUCCCCGCUCUCACCACCGGUCCUGCUGCUGCCCUCAAGCGCCGAGAGAACACGACGCCUCUCCGCACGGGUGUGCUGGCUAUCAAGAAGGGCAUGACGAGCGUCUUUGUUGGAAAGGUCCGCGUGCCGUGCACUGUUCUGCAGCUCGAUCAGGUGCAGGUCAUCGCCAACAAGACCCGUGAGAAGAAUGGUUACUGGGCUGUGCAGAUUGGCUCUGGCUCUCGAGACGGCCGCAACGUCACUAGCCCCUUGCUGGGAUACUACGAAGCCAAGGGUAUCGCCCCCAAGGCCGACCUCGCAGAGUUCAUGGUCCGCGAUCAGUCUGGCCUGCUGCCCGUCGGCGUCCAGAUCCUCCCGGACUGGUUCAAGAAGGGCCAGUACGUCGACGUCAAGUCCCGCUCGAGGGGCAUGGGCUUCGCCGGUGGUAUGAAGCGCCACGGCUUCUCGGGUCAAGAGGCGUCGCACGGAAACUCCAAGAACCACCGCACCAUCGGUACCACGGGUCCCUCGCAGGGCAGCGGUAGCAGAGUCCUUCCCGGGAAGAAGAUGCCCGGCCGCAUGGGCAACGAGUUCGUCACGGUGCAGAACCUCAAGGUCAUGAUGGUGGACAACGAGCUGGGCGUCGUGCUGGUCAGCGGGCCCAUCGCCGGUCCCAAGGGCCGCGUCGUCCGGCUCCAGGACUCCAAGAAGCGCAAGGCGCCCCCGCAGCCGCAUCGUGAGGCCGCCCUCGCGACUCUGCUAGAAAGGAACCCGGAUCACGCCGAGAAGCUCCAGGCCGCGAGGGAGAAGCACCUGGUGCUCAAGGAGCAGAGAGAGGCGGCGCAGCUCGAGGCCUAA